AUGGCGGCUUCGCCAGCACGUCUCUUUCUCCAGCAAAAGCUCGAUACGAUACGACCUACCCUAGUGUCGCCAGCUAAUCAUGCAGGAGUUCGUCCUUCAUCGUCGGGAACGUCCACCCCUAGGUCACAGAAUAGGCCACCACAGAACCCCCUGCAGGCUACCGAAGAGCUUCUCAUCUCUUUAUUCAUAGCCCUAACUGCCGGACAGCGGGCUAUGUUGGUAUCCACUAAACAAGAGUUCGUGCGCGACUUACGGAAAGCUUUGGAUCAGUUGUUUGCGUUUGUCUUCAAUUUUACAGUUACACAUGUCCAAAUAGAGAGAACCACCACGCAUUCCGACUUCCUGUCAGCUCUUUUCUACCGGCGGGUUGCCGAUGGCACCGCGGGGGCGGGUAGUGAUACAUCAGUUUCCAAUACGUCGCGGCGCAGAGGCCCUGCACAGUUGUCCAGAGCAGAGUCCGAGGAGGACAAGGAUUUCUUGAAAUCCUCCAGAUCCAGCACUCACGCUCGGCAGACCUCAAUGAAAUCCGACUCGGCAUCUGAACUUGAAUCCCCUGCCUAUUCUUUGUUUGCACCGUCAUACAGAAGCCAGAGAAUGCACAGUCAUAGCCGAAAUGCAGCAACCGCCGGUUCCCGUCCCUUGCUCUACCCGUUUUCAGCAGCUGGAGGCGAGACGCAUUUGGGGUCUAACACUUCAUUGGUGACAACUAAACAAUUACCGAAUAUCGUGUUAGUGGAUGGACUCCAUCUUGCGAGCGGUGCAGUGCACGGUGCUCUACUAGAGGUUCUUGAGAGGGGACAGGUUACCGAUAAAUUCACCGUGUUUCCUUGUCCGGUACCCUUCCUUGUUGUGGGCUUGAUAUGUCCUUCUUCCCGCAAGCAAACAAUACCACCGCAAUUGUUGGACAAGUUUUUUCUUUGUCAUACGCUGAAUUCUCAUAUAUGUCGCUGCAUCAUUCCAUAUCCCCUACGGUCGCCCUUAGUGAAAAUGGAGGACUUAGAACAAUUGACAUUGGAGGCGUCUCGCAUAUAUAUGCACGCGGAAGUCUCUUACUACCUGCGUGAUUUACUGACAGGCUUGCGGAAUCACCAAUUGGUGAGCACAGGUGUAUCUGCCAAAGGUGGUAUCGAUCUUGCACACGCUGCCCGAACUUUAGCGGUGCUCUCCGGGCAUCUGAUCGUAAGCCCGGAUCAUGUAACUCUGAUGGCUGACAAAGUCAUUGCCCACCGAUUAUUGCUUGCGCAUCAGUCACCAUAUGUAACGCCUGAGAUCCGGCUACGAUUAAAAGGGCUAAGUGGUGUCGACGUUGUCGGGAAGGUUAUCAAUAGCAUGACAAUUCCAAUGUAAACCUAUCAGGAUAACACUCCACACUGGCUUGCAUCUGUCGUUACACCUUGUAUGCUUUCUGUAACCUGUGUAUAUCUGAUGGAUCGAUCUUGUUGUCGUCAGCGCAUGCCUUCAACCAAUCCAAAAUGUCUCUCAGUGCUAAGUGC